AUGAAGUAUGCAAGAGACAUUCUUCUUCGUGCUGACUUACUAGAUUCCAAGCCAAUUGCAACACCAAUGGUUGUCUCAACUCACUUAACUGCUGCUGGUUCUGAAUUUAAUUCACCGACUACUUAUCAAUCUUUAGUUGGUGCAUUGCAGUACUUAACAAUUACAAGGCCGGAUCUUACACAUGCAGUGAAUUCAGUGAGUCAAUUCAUGCAUUCACCAAGAGAUCAACACUUUCAAGCUGUUAAAAGAGUUCUUCGAUAUCUUAAAGGCACUCUCCAUUUUGGUCUCCAUAUCAGAUCAUCCAAAAGUUUAUCUAUAUCAGCAUACUCUGAUGCCGAUUGGGUUGGCUGCCCCGAUACAAGUAGAUCAACAUCUGGUUAUGCAAUUUUCAUUGGAGACAAUUUAGUGUCAUGGACUUCUAAAAAGCAAUCCACAGUGUCUCGAUCUUCUGCGGAAUCAGAAUACAGAGCAUUAGCUCUAACUGCAGCUGAAGUAAAAUGGAUGUUGAACAUCCUUCAUGAUUUGCACAUUCAGCCAAAAGAGAAGCCGACAUUACUUUGUGAUAACACCAGUGCAAUAUUCAUGACUCGGAAUCCAGUUGCUCAAAAAGGGUCUCGACAUAUUAAUAUUGAUAUACAUUUUGUUCGAGAAUUAGUUUGCAAUGAUGUUUUAAAAAUUAAGCAUGUACCAUCACACUUGCAAAUCGCGGACAUAUUCACCAAAAGUCUAUCUCGUCCCCUGUUUCAGCUCUUCAGAUCCAAGCUUUGCGUGUUGCCAACCAUGCUCAACUUGCGGGGGGGUGUUGAAGAUAACACAGCCUUGUUCUCUAGAGAUAAUUAUGACAAACAUCAAGGAGAGAAUCAUGGCUGA